AAUCACAAAUACCACAAGUUUUUGUUUAUCCUCUCUCUGUAUUGAAAGAGAACUUGCAUAGAACACUAAGUCCUCAUAUUCAAUUAGCCUUAGAAUGGAGAAGGGAACAGAAGAAUACAAAGCUCAUUGCUUAAUCUUGCCAUUUCCUAUCCAAGGUCACAUAAAUCCUAUGCUCCAAUUCGCUAAGCGUUUGAGGCAUAAAGGAGUCAAAAUCACACUAGCUGCAACAAAACAUAUAUUCAAGACUAUGCAAGAUUUUUCUGGUUCUGUUUCUGUUGAAACGAUUUCUGAUGGAUACGAUGAAGGUGGGCUUUCUGCAGCAAAGAACUAUGAUGAAUAUUUGGCUCGUUUUCGCAAAGUUGGGACAGAAACUCUGGAAGAACUUAUCAAAAGGCUUAAGAACUCGUGCUGUGCCGUUGAUUGUAUAGUUUACGACGCGUUUAUUCCAUGGAGUCUUGAUGUAGCCAAGACAUUGGGAUUGGUUGGUGCUGCAUUUUUCACACAAUCUUGUGCUGUGGACCAGAUUUACUACCAUGUCUACAAAGGGGAUGUGAAACUUCCACUUUCAGAGAGUGAAAUUUCGAUUCCAGGAUUGCCUCCAUUGAAGCCCUCAGAUAUGCCUUCUUUUCUUCAUGUUCAUGGAUCAUACCCUUCUCUAAAGGAUAUGGUUGUCAAUCAGUUCCAAAAUAUUGAAAAGGCAGACUGGCUACUUUUCAACACCUUCCACAAAUUGGAGGAAGAGGUGAUUGAUUGGAUGGCAAAGUUUUCACCAGUGAAGGCAAUUGGACCGACCGUACCAUCGAUGUACUUAGACAAGCGAAUUGAAGAUGACAGAGAAUACGGUAUUAAUGUCUACAAGCCAAUCACUGGUGCCUGCAUGGAAUGGCUCGAUAAAAGAGAAUCCGACUCAGUGAUUUAUGUUUCAUUUGGAAGCUUGGCUGAGUUAGGAAAAGAGCAAAUGGAAGAAUUGGCAUGGGGCUUGAAACUAAGCAAUAAGUACUUUUUGUGGAUUGUUAGAGCGUCAGAAGAAUCAAAACUUCCUAAAGAUUUUGCAGAAGAGACUUGUGAGAAAGGCCUAAUACUGUCUUGGUGUCCUCAAUUGGAUGUUUUGGCACAUAAUUCAGUAGGAUGUUUUGUCACACAUUGUGGGUGGAAUUCUACAUUGGAGGCAUUGAGUUUGGGAGUCCCAAUGGUGGCAAUGCCACAAUGGACCGACCAAAGCACGAACGCGAAGUACGUGAUGGAUGUUUGGAAGAUGGGAAUUCGAGCGCUACCAGAUGAGAAUGGGAUGGUUAGUCGAGACACGAUUUGUAUCUGCACGAAGCACGUUAUGGAAGGUGAGACAGGGGAAGAGAUCAAGAAAAAUGCCACCAAAUGGAAGGAAUUGGCUAGAGAAGCAGUUGAUAAAGGUGGAAGCUCUGAUACAAACAUUGAGGAGUUUGUUUCUAAAUUAGUCCAUGGAGGUGAAAGUUCUGAUACAAACGUUGAGUAGUAUGUUUCUAAGUUACUCUAUUCUUAAUUUCAAGUCACUGUUAUCUUCCCAAUAAAGUGUGGAAAUAAAGCACGAGUUUUGGCAUUUUAA